UGAGGCGGAGGUUUGGCAUCCGACGAGGUGCGGCUGUCAGAGCAGCAGGAGAGGAGGAGGACUGAUUCAGACACAAGGUGAGAGACCUCAGUACUUGAUCAUGUCCAACACUGGCCUUAUUCAACGCAUUCGCAACACUGAUAAGCCCUCACCAGCAGUACAAGCAUGUUCAAAGUUGCUUUUUUGCGCCAUGCCCAUUGCUCAGAUUGCAAUUGGGGCAGUACACUUGGAAGACUGUCCUCGGCAGCCCUACAUCCCCAUCUAUUUGAUAGUGGUGGGUGUCUUUGGCCUGGUGCUGUCGUUGCUCUCCUGCCUGCCCUGUGCCAAGAAGCCAGAAGAUGGCACCACCAACCCACUGAACCGAAUCUGCACAGCCUGGAACUCACUGACCUCUUGCUUCCUCUUUUGCUGGUUUAUCACUGGUAAUGUGUGGAUCUACUCUAUUUAUCAGCCCAACUACAACAGGAACACCACACAUGUAGAGCCGUACUGCGACAAGACGCUCUACCUCUUUGCCUUCUGGACCACCACGCUGGUUUACAUCCUCCUGUGUUUGUUCCUGUUCGGUGGCUGCUGCGUUCUUUUCUGCUUCUUCCUGUGUGGCCGUGCCGAUCCCGACGACAAUGUCUAGAGACGUCGUCGUUUCAGGAUUGAAAACACACAUCUGUUGUUGCAAUAGUGGCACUUUCCCACUUGAUUGUAGCAUUUGGAAACAUGCCCUUAAAAAAUGAGGAACAGUUGCACAGCCUUCUGUAGAUACAUGCUUCACUGUAGAAUAAUGUAAAUAACAUUUCCAAGUGUUUUCUCAUCGCUGAAUAUUUUCUACCUCUGCAGACGUUGUGUGCAUUCUGUUUGUAUUCUCUAAGGGAUCCAGUGUUUUCUUUGAUCACCUUUUAAGCCUCCUAAUCACAAUGUUAAAGUCUUUAUACACUAAAUACUAAGAUUGCUUAUUAUGUACCACGAUUUAUGAUUCUUACAAUGAAAGAGAUGUUAUAUUUUGUCAUCUAAAGAAAUAAAUGAAAUGAAGACA